AUGCAGCUGCUGCCUGUACUCGUAUUCUGCUUCUGCCUACCAUUCACAACGGCGGCCAACACAGACACUGGCAACAUAGCCAAGCCCGGCUGCCAAGCUCAAUGCGGAAACGUGACAAUUCCAUAUCCCUUUGGAAUAGGGCCGUCGGGCUGCUUUAUCGACCCUUGGUUUGAAAUUACUUGCAACACUUCUUUCAUUCCUCCCAAGCACUUCUACAACAAAGGUAACCUUACCCUUGAUUAUCGAGAGAUUUUUGACAUAUCCGACUCUACUUUCCGUAUGUCUAACACAGUAGCUAGCAGAUGCUACGAUCAAUAUGCGCAUGUCACACAGGAAGUUCAAGCCGCCACAGAUAUGGGAAUCGGUUCACCAUUCACCUUCUCACAACUAAAUAAAUUCACUUUAAUUGGCUGUGGUGACUUGGCCUUCUUCUAUGACCCCACUCAUCCAUUGCAAACGGGCUGCUUGUCCUUAUGUUCUAGUGCGAAGGAUGUGGUGAACGGUUCUUGUACGGGGGGUGGGUGUUGCCAAACAUCGGUCGUAAAGGGGCUAAAUUUUUACUUCAUGAAGCAGAAUCCUGCAGGCCAGAACCGCUCCAAUAUUUGGUCAUUUUGUCCUUGUACCUAUGCCUUCAUGGGUGAGCAAGAAAGAUUUACUUUCCAUGGUGCCUCGGAUUUCAUCGAUCCAAGUUUCAACAAUCGUAUAAUGGCUAGUGUUCCAAUACUGAUAGAUUGGGUGAUUGGGAACUUAACUUGUAGUGAGUCUCUAAACAAAGGUCGUUUGGCUUGUCAGGAGAAUAGUUACUGCAUUGAUUCUGAUACCGGGGUUCCUGGUUAUCGAUGUAUUUGCAAUAUAGGUUAUCAGGGUAAUCCAUAUCUUCAUCCAGGCUGUCAAGAUAUCGACGAGUGUCAAGAUCCAAACAUGAAUUCCUGUGAGCGGAUUUGUAGAAAUAUUCCAGGAAAUUAUACUUGUUCUUGUCCAGAUGGAUACUUUGGAGAUGGCCGGAAAAAUGGGAGCGGUUGCAUAGCUGAAAGUUCUCAUUUCCCAGUAGUUAAAUUCUCUCUAGGUAUGGGGUUUGGUUUCUUGGCUAGCUUGGCUGGAUUAACCUGGUUGUAUUUCGGCAUCAAGAAGAGAAACCUUGUGAAACUUAGGCAAAAGAUGUUCCAAAGAAAUGGUGGUUUGCUACUACAACAACGACUUAUGAACAACCCGAGUACUAUCGACUCAACAGUAGUCUUUACGGCCAAUGAUUUGGAGAUCGCAACCAACAAUUAUGCCAGUGAUAUGAUUUUGGGCCGAGGUGGCUUUGGUACUGUGUAUAAAGGUAUUUUGUGUGACAAACGAGUGGUAGCAAUCAAGAAGUCCAAAGAAAUGAACGAUAGCCAAAUACAACAAUUCAUUAAUGAAGUAAUCAUCUUAACACGAGUUAACCAUCGGAAUGUGGUCAAGCUCUUGGGAUGUUGUUUAGAGACAAAGAUCCCAUUAUUGGUUUAUGAGUAUGUCUCGAAUGGUACUCUCUUUGAUCACAUUCAUAGCAAUCGAAACAUGACUUGGUUAUCCUGGGAGAAUCGUUUACGAAUAGCAACUGAAGCAGCUAGUGCCCUUUCAUAUCUCCACUCUGCUACAUCAAUGCCCGUCAUACAUAGAGAUGUCAAAUGCGCAAACAUAUUACUAGACGAAAAUUACACCACAAAGAUUGCGGAUUUUGGAGCAUCGAUCCCAAUAGAUCAAAAGCAAGUGGAAACGUUGGUGCAAGGAACAUUUGGAUACUUAGAUCCAGAAUACUUCAAUACAGGUCAACUAAACGAGAAGAGUGAUGUUUAUAGCUUUGGAGUUAUACUUGCUGAGCUUUUAACCGGAAAGAAGCCUGUGUUAAAGAAUGUAAGUGAAGCUAUGAAUCUUGCAAAACUUUUCAUCACAGCCUUAGAAGAGGAUCGUCUGUUUCAGAUUCUAGAGCGUAGAGUUGUGAGGGAGGGUCCGCUAGAGCAACUCGAAGAAAUUGCACAACUUGUAAAGAGAUGCCUCAGUCUUUCUGGAGAUAAGAGGCCAUUGAUGCAUGAUACAAGAAUGGAAAUUGAAGGCUUAAGGAAGUUUACUCAACAUCCUUGGGCGAUUCCACAUGAUGAGACUCAGAACUUAAUAAGUACACAAAGUAAUCAAGUAGAUCUUUAUUCUUGCACAAUGUACAAGAGGCGUAAAAGACGCAAAGAAAAAGAAAGCAUGGCAGAGAGCGGAAAUGGAAUUGAAGAGAAGUGGUUGAAGAAUCAAGAAAGAAGAAGUUUUGGUCGCUACCGUAGCUUACGGUAG